CUGUCGUGUCUGUUGCUGGCGAACGCUGCUGCACCAAAAUCCAUUCACGGUUGUGGAAGGAACGAAGAGGCGAGACUUUCGGGGCAAAGCAAUGACGACGACGCUCCGCCGACCCGAAUCUGGACUCGUGACCACCCGACUGGCCUUCCGAUCGAUCGAAUCGGGCAAUCCGCUGCAAACGGACGCCCGUCGCGGCAGAUCCUCGUCUUGAGAUAUACCCUGCGCUGCCUCGGCCCUUUGCCUUUGCGCGCCUUACACCUACACUCUUUCUCUCUCUCGCUCUCUCCCUUCCUCCCGCCUCCCUCCCUCAUCCUCACCCUCACCCACCAUGCCUAUACGACAUUCGUUGUUGCGGCUCGAGGUGCCGGCGCUGCAGAGCGUCGACACCAGCCGAGUGGAGGACUUGUUCGGAAUGUGGUCGCUCUUUUCCAAAGCAUCCCACGCCGUCGAAGAUGGAAAGCGCCUGGAGAACCUCAGCUGGCGGCUGUGGAACCGCGAGACCUUUUGCUGUCAGCGCAUCGCGCAGUCUCGACCCAACUCGCCCCCGCCCAUUCCCAUUCAACAACCGCAAGCGGACAACAUUCCCGUCCCCGAUCUCUCCUCCUCCCUCGACUCUCUCUCCUCCUCCUCGUCCGACCUCGAACAAGACGCUCCGUGUCGCCCCACCGCCGCCACCUCCCUACCUAAUGCCCGACCCGAACUUCGGUGCACCGACACCCUCACGAAUCGCGGGAAUGAAAAGCACAUCACUGCCGUCGACCUGGAGAAAAUCGUCAUCUCCAUCCGACAGACGAAGGAUCUUGAGCAGAAGCCGAUCGAACUGCCGAUCCCAACCUCCACCACUCCUCAUCCGCGCAUCUCGCCACAAAUAUCGCCCCCCUCACCCUCGGUCGAUGACCCCUCCGGCCUCACCACCACACUAACCACCGCCACCGACGAAGCCUCCGACACCACCUCUCACGCACCCUCGCUAUCCGUGCCUGCCUCCAGAACGCUCGAGUCCUCCACAUCGACCGUCGACACGGACAAGGGCAAAGAGUCGCAAAGCUUCGACUCGGAAGCGAGCUCCAACACCGAAAUGAGCUCUCAUAGCAUCAUACGCGGCUUCAACCCGGGCGGCGUGCCGUCGUCAUACCGCUCGCAGACCAACCUCGCCGUGCAACCGACGCCCAUCCUGAAGACCGCCCCGCGCAAGUUUGACGCCCGGCCGAAGCGGAAGGGUCCCAUGUUCACCAUCGGUACUUCUUCCGGCGAGGACGAGAGCUCUCUCGAGAGCCACAUGUUCAAGAGCGCGCUCUCGGAGAGCUUGAAGCGGCCCGGCAGCACGCUCAGCAGCUCCAGCGGUCGCAAACAGACGUCCUUCAAGGAGGAAGUCGCGAUUGGUCGAGCAGCCGAGCACAGUCCGGUGUUCGAAUCAGACGAUGAAGACGAAGAGGUGUCGGAGAGUGCAAUCGAAGAGGACGACGACGACUCAUCGGAUUGGGAGGACUCGGAAGACCAGAGCGCACACUCCUCCGUCAACGAAAAGGACAUGUUUCAGCGCGUAGACUCCCGGCCAACACUCACCUCGCGACGCUCUCUCCUCACCACCCUCAUCCACGAACCCGAUCGCGCGCGAGCGCUUGCCAACGCAGCGUCCCGCUCCACCCCGGCCAUCCACCGCUCUCGACACACAUCACCAAGCGGCCCUUCGCUCGCGAGUACACCCGAGGAAGGCUCACAGCUUCAGCUCUCCGCCAUGGCCCCCACCUCGGAAGCGCGUCCCAUCAUCAUGACCACGUCCAACGGUCUCCACUCUCCGCAGGCCAUGUCGCCCCGCUCCACGCGGCGCAACAUGCUCUCCACCGAACUGACCGAGUCGCUGCGGAAGAAUCUGUUGUGGGAGCGGCAGCACAAGAGCACCUCCAAUCUUCCAUCCUUCAAGCGACGACACACAUCGAACGAUGUGAAGAACCUCAAGCAACACCCCGAGCCGGUGCCCCUCUUGACUCCGAAGAAUGGCACCAGGACAUUUACGAACGACUUUUUCCACGCCGGCCUGCAGGAAUACCACACGCGAGGGUGGUGAGGCAGCGCAGCGUGCGAAGAGUCUUCUGAUUAUUGUUACCACACACUUUGAUACAGCGUUACAGCGAAUGCUUUUACCCCGAACCGCUCAGCAGACCACUGCUGGAACAGCAUGCGGUUCAUUUACGGUCUACGACUAUGGAUUAUCACGGCGCAACACUGGGGCCCGGCGGCAACAAAACUGAUUUUGUUCUUAUGAUACCAGCAUUGGCAAAGAUAUCACCUUAUUGUUUCAACGCGCACUCGACAGCCGAGGGACUCAGUCACCGCCCAUCUGUGGCACGGCACUGGGCGCAAUGUACUAUACCUUCAGAGAGAAGCGAGCGUGCUGCUAUUCGCGGUGCUGCUCAGGAGACGAGGGACGGUGGUAAUGGAGGACGGCCUCCGGGACAAAGCAGGGGGAAGGGGGAGAGGAG